CACAGACGCACACACACGAUGGACAGAAAGUAGAAUGAAAGCGAGAUCAGCAGGUUAGAAGCAGAGAAAGAGGAAACCAUGGCUCAUGUGCUCACCGUGGAUGCUAUCUUGUUCGGUGUUCUGGUCUUCUCUGGAAUUCUGGGAAACUUGUUGGUCAUCUACACGGUGGUACUGUGUGCUGUGGAGAGUUCGUCUCAUUUCAUCCCUCCGUCUGACUUGAUCCUGCUCAACCUGUCGCUAGCUAACCUGCUGACGUCACUCUUCCGCACCGUGCCCAUCUUCAUCUCGGACCUGGGUCUGGAAGUGUACCUGGAGACAAACUGGUGUAGAGUGUUCAUGCUGCUGUGGGUGUGGUGGCGCUCCGUGGGCACCUGGGCCACGCUGGCCCUCAGCCUCUUUCACUACACCACGCUGAGACGUAAGCACGUAGCCGUGGGCCCGCUGGCGCAGCAGAGGGACCGAAGACGCGUCAUUCUUGCGCUGGGACUCGUCUGGGGUGCCAACCUGGUGUUUUCCAUUCCUGCUGCCGUCUACACCAAACACGUCCGUGGAAAUGCCACUUCCGAAAUCAUGGUGAUCAGCUGCACCACACGCCCGCUGCUCGGCUGCACGUGGGAAUUCCCAUCCAAACAGGAGGGGGUGGCCUUCGCCUCCGCCUCACUCGCUUUUAAUGAGGUGCUUCCUUUGCUGCUGAUGGUGAGUACUAACCUGGCGACUCUCCGAGUGCUGGCUAAACACAUCCGCAUGGUGAUGGCGGCCGCGGAGAGUGGACCGGCUCAUGUGCAAUCGGAGCGGAAAGCGGGUCAGGUGAUCAUGAUGCUGGUGGCGCUGUUCGUCGUGUGCUGGGUGAUGCAGGUGGCCGCUGUCACAUAUUACAACUACGACCGUGGCGUGCACUCCGAAGCCCUGCUGACCGUCUCGCAGUUCUCUGCCUCCGUCUUUGUGGGCUUUAGCCCCAUGGUGGUGGCGCUCGGUCAUGGGAAGCUGCGCAAGAGGAUUGUGGUCAUGGUGCAGGAACUGUGUGUCAAGGUGGGCUGCAGGACCACCAAGACUGAGGACAACAAGAAGAAAAGGGGGGCGCUAGAGAGCAGCACAGUCUCAUACAAACAAGAGACACAGACAAAGAAAGUGACGAUGUGAUUUCAAAAUCAGUGCAACCUCUUGUCAUGCACAUACACCCUGUGGCUGCUGGGGGCGCUAUGCAGGAUAUUU